GUGAUGACACUGCGGAAGUGUCAUGGCGCCGUGCGUCCAGCGGAGUCAGAACCGUCUCUAGCGUAAAACAACUCGUAAUGACUCUCCUCUCCCACGUUAGGACUUAAUAUCCACAAGGACAUCCGAGUAGAUCUCACCUUUAGGAUGGCUGACUCAGGCUCUGGUGACCCCAGUGGUCAACGUGUGCCACCCCCUGCAGGGAGCAGUUUAGGACUGCUGAUGGGCCGCCGACCACCCGCUGCCAUCUCGACUGGCCGUCUCCCCUCAAUGCGGUCAAGAGAUCUCACCCUUGGAGGAGUUAAGAAGAAAACCUUCACACCCAACAUUAUUGGCCGGAAAGUCAAAGAAGAAACAAAAGCUGAAGGCGGGCGGGGGAGAGACAGGAAGGAUGCAGGUCGGGGUCGCGGUCCGAGAGAUAGAGGCAGGGGCCGAGGUCGCCCAGAGGUCAUCCAGUCCCACUCUAUUUUUGAGCAGGGGCCGGCAGAGUUGAUGGUGAAAAAGAAAGGUGGCUAUGAAAGUGAGAGAGAAGCUCCGACCAUGGGACCUUCACCCAUCAUCAAUAUUAAAAAGGAAAAGAGAGAGACAGAGGAAGAGACCAAAGAGAUACUUGCCAAGCUGGAGCGAGAUACAAUUAUAGACGACCCCUUCCUGAGGAGUGAGCAGAGGAGCUGCCCCGUCCAGCUCCCUCUUGCUGUAUCAGGAUGGGGAUUCACGGAGGAAUUUAGUAGCGCUCCUGUUAAAAUUGAGAAGGAGGAGGAGGAGGAGGAUGGGGAACCCAUGGAACAUGCAGUUGAAGUGAAACAGGAGCCAGUGGAAACCGAAAUAAAGAAGUCAGAAGGAGCCUUCAGGCCCCCUCCUCUGCCUGAGCCCGAAGUUCUCCCUGAGCUGCUGCAUAGAUGGAGUCUAAGCAAAGGGGAGGAGCUGUUCUUCAUGCAGAUGCCUGACACGCUGCCUGGCCAGCCCCCAACUCAGGAGCACAGGCCGGUGAAAACCGAGGUGCAGUCAGAGGACGGACAGUCCGUGCUUCUGAAAACAGAAUCUCAGGAGGAGGAAGCUGAAGACAACAACUGCAAUUUGAAAGACCUGCGGGAGGGUCUUGUGGGAAAGAUGCUGGUGCGCAAGUCCGGCCGGGUCCAGCUCAUACUGGGACAAGUGACACUCGAUGUGUCUCUGGGAGCAUCGUGCUCUUUCCUUCAGGAGUUGGUCUCUAUUAGUGCGGAGGGAAGAACGGGCAACUUGACUGUAUUAGGGAAUAUCAAACACAAAAUGGUUUGCUCCCCAGACUUUGAGGCUCUACUGGAGAGCAAUGCUUGAUGCUGGUCAGAGCGGUGGAGGACUGAACCUCCUGGAUGCACUUGUGGUGGGAUGUGAUGUUGACAAGAUGUUCACUCCUACUAUUGACUGUUAAAACCUGACAUUCAGUAGAAGUAUGAUGGAUGUUGAUUGCGCUUCUGUGUUUUCAGAGUUGCUAUAGUAUUAUAUUGAAAUACACUAUCUAUAAAUAUAAUAAUAACUGAGGUCUUUUUUAUUGGCAUAGGCAUGUUCAAGGGUUGAAUGGUGUGCCAAAUUUCAGUACUGUUUUCAUUUCUCUUUAUCUGAGAUUACUUGACAUGACUAUAUGGAUGUAAAUGUGUGAAUAAAAAAAAGUUUUUGUU